AUGUCGUCCAAAGUCCCGCCGCAGAAGACCGCUACCCUGUGGAACAAGUCCAAGGAGGACUUGAGCUCCCAGCUCCAGGACCUCAAGUCCGAGCUCAUCGCGCUCAGGACCUCCAAGGUCACCGGCGGCUCGACCAAGCUCACCCGCAUUCAUGAUGUCCGCAAGGGCAUUGCUCGCGUCCUGACCGUCAUCAACGCCAACCAGAGGGCACAGCUCCGCCUCUUCUACAAGGGCAAGAAGUACACCCCGCUCGACCUCCGAUCCAAGAAGACGCGCGCCAUCCGCCGAAGGCUCACACAGCACGAGGCCUCGCUCGUCACCGAGAAGGCGAAGAAGAAGCAGACCCACUUCCCCCAGCGAAAGUACGCCGUCAAGGCAUAA